UAGCGCUCAAACUUGGGAGAGGCUGUGUGAUCAGUUUCAUUCUAUUUCUACUCCGGGGGAUGAUGGGAAGGUAAUAUGCUUUUAAUUUAUGAUUAUAUUUUCAUAUGUUUAUAUGUAUUAAUUUGUGCAAUAUUUUUCACAGUCCAAGUCCACUAAAUGCAAGGACUCAAGAAAGAAAGUGUCGACAGACCACCAUUGGGGUCGAACAAGUAUCAAUAGUUGGUCCUAUAAUCAUGUAAGUGGCUUAAUCUAUAAUUUUAAUUUAUUUAAGUUUAUAUAAAAUACAUACUUAUUGUAUAAUCUAUUUUUUAGUUUAAAAAGUUUGGCAAAAAUCCUACCGUGUUUGACACGUAUAAGAAAGCCUACAUGGGCAUUGAUGCGUUGAGGGAAACCGGACCAUCUAUUAGUGAGGAAGGAGAGACAGAGCCGUAUAACGGGACAGCAACUCCUGAACAACUUCUCAUUUCGGCUGAUUUGGAGCGAGUUUAUGAUGAGACCAUGCGUGAUGGAAGUGACGAAAGCACGGCCAACUCGACUGCAAUUGAAAAGGUUUUGGGAAAGAGUAAAGGCCUUGGAAUUAAAAGUUCAAGCACAAGGAUUGGAAAGUCGAGAUUUUCUUCAACACCAUCAGACGUGGAGAUUCAACUGGAGAUUCAAAUGAAGGCAAUGCAAGAACAAAUGCAAAUGAAAGACGAACAAGUGAAUCGAUUGGAACAACAAUUGAACGAAAACCGAGAAACAAAUAAAGUUAAAGAUGAAAAAGUUGAUCGAUUAGAACAGCAAUUGCAGGAAACCCGAGCUCUUUUGAACAACUUGCUCGAGCGUUUUAAUGGUGGAGUAUAAAAACGAGAUGAAAUUAGUGUGCCUCUUGAACUAAUACAUUUAUGGUUUCAAGUUUUUAUGUAAUUUUUGAAUUGAUGUUUGUGUUGUAUUUUGAUAUUUAAUUGGUAAUCGUGGUUUUAAAUACUUUUGAGUAAA